CCAGCUGAGCCACGUGCAGGAGGGGCAGGAGCGCGUGUUCCGCUGCGGGCGUCUGCUCCAGCACCUUCAAGAGACGCUGGCUGCUGAAGCGACACAUGCGCACAACACACGGGCGAGAAGCCUUAUAAAUGUACGGGUGUGUGUCUACGCGGCAGGCACCAAGCAGAACCUCAAAAUGCACCUUAGGAAACACACAGGGGGAGAAACCGUACCCCUGCCCCCACUGCCCCUACCGUGCCGCCCAGAGGAGUGACCUGAAGGCACACUCACGCACGCACACAGGUGACCGGCCCUUCACCUGUCCUCACUGCCCCUACUCGGCUGCCCAAAGUGCCGUGCUGCGUCGACACCUUAAUAUUCACGCCGAUAAGGAGCACUACACCUGCCCCAAGUGUCCCUUCCCUCACCACACACCUGCUCCAGGGAGAAGCCCUUUCACUGCCCGCACUUGCCCCUACCAAGCCCGCACCAACUACAUCCUGACCAAGCACAUCAGGCGACACACGGGGGGAGAAGCCCUUCGCCUGCCCCGCCUGCCACUACCGCGCCGCGCAGAGAUCCCACCUGGUCACGCACCUCCGCACGCACGCCUCCAUCCGAUACCUCUCCUGUCCAAGAUGCCCCCUACAGGACUCCUGACGAAGGACACCUGCAGGAUCACCUCCGCCUGCACGAGGAGGGGAGGCGCGGCGCUGCUUGCACGCCCUGUGGACUCUGCUGUUGCUGCUGCUGCUGCUGCUGCUGCUCUCACCCCCGCCCGAGGCCACCAAGCGGCGGCGGGGCAGGAGCAAGAGAAACCAUUCGCGUGUAGUGUGUGCCCUUACUCCACCUACCGGCGCGACCACCUCAACACACACCUGCGCACACACACCGGGGAGCGCCCUUUUGCCUGCCCGCACUGCCCCUACCGCGCCGCCCAGCGAGUGCACCUCAACUCGCACGUUCGGACCCACACUGGCGAGAAAACCGUAUCCUUGAACUCCCACCUUAAGCAUCAUCUCAGGGCCGUGCACCCAGGCCACGAGGAGGACCUGACGAAGGCACAGCAGGGACAGACUCAGCAGCAGCAACAACAACAGCAGCAGCAGCAGCAGCAGCAGCAGCAGCAGCAGCAGCAGCAGCAGUCUUUGUCCUACCAGCAGCAGAAUCAAGAUGUUGACACCCGGGCGCAGCAGGGGACUGGGGGGCCUCCUCACACCUCCCCACCUGACCCCCCCUCGCCCCCGUGGUGCCAGUGGGGGGUGUGGGUGUUGAAGGGUGUGUCCAUGGUUCCAGGGGUGGUGCUAGUAGUCUUGCAUCUUCACUGGGGGAGGAAUAUUCAUGAGAGCUUGGCUAGUCAUCGCUGUGGCGGGUAUUCUGCUUCAGGGGCAGGGGCGGCGCUGUACCGAUGGAGGAGUGUCGCCUGCCCCUGCCCGCCUUCCUCUCCCGCCUGGGGCUGCCGGCCGCUCCCCACGCCGCGCCCCUCGCCCCCCAGGCCCCUGCACGCCCCUGGACGCGGCCGAGCUGGACCUGGGGGGGGCGGCGGCACCAGUGUGGGGGUCUGCGGCCGCGGCUUCCGCCUGGCCAAUGACCUGCGGCGCCACCUGAGGACACACACGGGGGAGAAGCCCUACCUGUGCCCGCACUGCCCCUACCGCGCCUCGCAGAAGCAGUCUGUCAACAGGCACGUCCGCACCGUGCACUCUGACCUAUUCCUGACGGAGGAGGCGCCCCUUGGGAGGACCCCUGCGUCCCUAGCCAAUGCUGCUGCUGUCGCUGCCGCCGCCGCUGCCGCCCUCUGCCCCCAGACUCACAGCAUACUCCCAGGCCAGGACGGAGAAACUGUAGCCCGCACCGUCACGAGGCGAUAUCCUGUAGAAGGCGCCGCAGGAAGGCUAGGGUGUGGUGAUGUGAGGGUGUGAGGGGCGAUGCAGGGUAAGGUCGAGGCAAGGGUUAGCCAUGCCUGGCCUGCUGACGAAAGGGCUGACGGAGGAAGUGUGAUUUGCUGUGUGCUUGCUUGCUUCUUGUGUGUGUGUGUGUAUGUGUGUGCGUGCGUGCGUGCGUGCGUGCGUGCGCGCGUGCGUGCGCGUGCGUGAGCGCCCUGGAGAGAAGUGUUAAACGUGGUGUUCUCCUCCUCAUUCUCCCCCCCACCUAUUCAAAUUGCUGCUUCUUUGUCAUUGUAAUGUGUGUGUGUGUGUGUGUGUGUGUGUGUGUGUGUGUGUGUGUGUGUGUGUGUGUGUGUGUGUGUGUGUGUGUGUGUGUGUGUGAAGUCCGUUGCUUCAUCCCAGACAGGUGUUGUUAAUUUUUUUUGUAAAUAAAAGUGUCAUUAUA